CGAUAUCACAAUAACUGUCAUUUUUUACUAUAACAUAGUUUUAUCGUAGCUUUAGUGCAACUCACGGAGCUAUGUUGUCCAUUAUGUUAAGCUUCGGUGCUUCAGUGGUUAUGGCAUAUUUUGUGGUUUUGUGCAUCUACCACAGGUUCAGCAGACGGGGAAGGCUGAGGGCUAAAAUACCUGGACCUACUUAUUGGCCGAUUAUUGGAAACACGAUGGAUAUUAUUCUACCUCAAGAUAAAUUGUUCCUAUAUUUAAGAACUUUGCACAAAAAAUACGGUGAUACCGUCGGACUAGGUGCAUUGGAUAUUUCGUCGGUUAUGAUCUGUAACCCCAAUGACAUCGAGAAAAUUCUUUCGUCAACUAAAUUCAUUGAGAAGCAACAGCCGUACACGUUUCUAAGAGGUUGGUUGGGUGAAGGCCUGCUCACUAGUUAUGGUAAAAAAUGGCACCAGAGGAGAAAACUGCUCACCCCAGCAUUCCACUUCAAUAUCCUGAAGAGAUUCUUCCGGACCAUCGAGGAAGAGACGGAAGUAUUCCUUGAGAGUCUUGCAGCUGAAGUGGAAAAUGAGAAUACUGACAUUGUGCAGCUUAUCAGUAACAUGACGCUUAGAACUGUCUGCAAAACUGCAAUGGGAACCUCAAUGAAUGAAGGAAUACAGUCGUUAUCAACCAAAUAUUUUAAUGCAAUACAAAAACUUGGCGCGAUUUUAAUCCAACGCUCUUGCAAAGUAUGGCUAUUCCUUGAUUUCACUUAUCGAUUAACCCAAACGGCCAGAGAAGAAAAAAAGGUUCUGCAAGAUUUACAUGGCUUCACGAGGGACGUUAUUCAACAGAGGAAAUCGUAUUUGAAGGAUAACCCUUCGAUAUUGAACUUGGAUAGUGAUGAAGACAUAAACAAGAAGGGCCGUCUGGCUAUGUUGGAUUUGCUUAUUCAAAACCAGAAUGAAGGUGGUAUAGAUGAUGAAGGGAUUAGGGAAGAAGUCGAUACCUUUAUGUUCAGGGGGCACGACACAACUUCAAUGGCACUAGUGUUUUUCAUCAUGAGAUUAGCUGAUGAGCCAGAAAUACAGGAUAAAAUAUACGAAGAACUUAAAUCGAUAUUUGGCAAUUCGGACCGACCACCGACAAUGGAAGAUCUAAAAGAGAUGAGAUAUUUGGAGUGCUGCAUCAAGGAGUCCCUAAGAUUGUAUCCCAGUGUACAUUUUAUAGGCCGAUAUGUGAGAGAGGAGGUUGAAUUAGGAGGUUACAUGGUACCAGCGGAUUCAAUCGUAUCAAUCCACAUUUAUGAUGUCCACCAUCGACCCGACAUAUAUCCCGAGCCUGAGCGGUUCAUACCCGAGAGAUUCUCACCGGAGAAAUGCCUCAAAAGACACCCCUAUGCCUACAUACCCUUCAGCGCUGGACCGAGAAAUUGCAUAGGUCAAAAAUUCGCCAUGCUAGAGACGAAGACGUUAAUGUCCAGCUUACUGAGGAAGUAUCGUCUAGAGCCCGUAACCAGACAUUCGGACGUAGUGUUCCUGACUGAACUCGUACUACGCCCUAAAGGGCCCAUCUACGUAAAGUUUUGCUCAAGAUAAUAAAUGUUACUACAUGGUUAUA